AUGGCAGAUCUAGAAGAGCUAUCUUAUAUGGAUGGCUACCGCGGCGGGUAUGAACAAGGGCAACAAGUUGGCUUGAUUGAGGGACGGUUGUUUGGCGGCGAGAAGGGGUUUGAACUAUGGACCGAGCUUGGCUACUAUAAAGGUGUCAUUUCUGUGUUCAAGCACAUCCUGGAAAGUCAGUUGAGCACAAAGCUGCAUGAAGUCCAUGAACUUGAAAGUGUUGAUCUCAAAGCAAAAAAGCAAUGGCAGCAACUGGCAUCGCUAGAAGCACUUUGGAACCAAAUUCCUCAACAGAAUGAUUCAAACAAUGCUGCAGCCAACGAAAUUUGCCACAAUGAUGAGGAUGUAUUUGACUUGGUCAAUCUAAUUUCGUCCGUAUUGCAGGACAGCUGGUUGAUCCAAAUCAAUUGA